UGAUCAUAACUCAAUAUGACUACUAUUUCAGUCACAACUAUUUAGAUCAUGACUGAAAAAUAUGUAAGAUUUUUUCUGCUCCCCACAAAAAGAAACUCACCCAUAAUCCUCAAACAGCAAAAAUAUUUCUUACAUCGUACUAAUUUAUUAGAUCAUAUAGAUUAUAAUAAGUGUAAGACAUUUAACAAUUAUAUAGAUCAUCACAAUUUUUUUUUACCCAAAAGACAAAAGGAAAAAGAACCCACAAUAAAUCUUAUCCUCUAAAUAGUUUAGAAUAGUAAAUCUUAGAUCUUAUAUUAUCCCACACCCCAUUUCCCCAAAAUUUCCCCAACUCAAUGAUAAAUAAACCCUUAUUCCUCCUACUACCACCAUCACACCACCACUCCUCUUGUACCCCCAUAGCGUUACUCGUUUCCGUAUCUGUAUCUGUAUCUGUAUCUGUAUCCGUAUCCGUAUCCGUUUUUACAUAAAAUAAUGCAUGCUGAUUGAUGAAUCUCAACAUACAUAAAAUGGUGGAUUAAUUUAAGUAGCUAGUGAAGACAUAUAUAUAUAGCUACUUAGCUAAUUAAAUUAGCUUAUUAGUGGGAAGGUUAUGUUGGAGAGAGUGUUGUUAAUUACAUACUUAUAUUAUUAGAUUAUUAGAUAAUUAGAUGAUGAAAUCCUCAAGUGGAGGAAGUAGUAGUACAAAUACAAGUUGUCAAGAUUGUGGAAACAAAGCAAAGAGAGAUUGUACACAUAUGAGGUGCAGAACUUGCUGUAAAAGCCGAGGUUUUCAAUGUUCUACUCAUGUUAAAAGCACCUGGGUUCCUGUUGCUAGAAGGCGUCAUAAACAGCUAAAACAACAUCAACAACAUCAACAACAUCAUCAACAACAUCAACAACAUCAACAACAACAACACUUUUCUACAACUACUACUGUUGAUCAUUACAAUCAACAUCAUCAUCAUCAUCUUCUUCCUCUUUCUCUUUCAAACAUUCAUCAUCAUCAUCACAGUAGCCCUACUUCUACUGGUGUAGAAGGAGGGAAUUUUCCAGCAGAAGUGAACUCCUUAGCAACAUUUCGAUGCAUUCGAGUGAGCUCAGAAGACAAUGUGGUGGAUCAAUAUGCUUAUCAAACCUCAAUUAGCAUAGGAGGGCAUAGUUUUAAAGGGAUUCUCUAUGAUCAAGGCCCCAUCACCGCGGCCGCUAGCCGCGGUGAUGAUAGCCUUUCGGUUGCCACAGGAGACAACCACCAAUAUAAUAUCACGGCCGCCACUACCAUGGCGGCCACGCAACCGAAUGCUGUUGGUGCAAAUUUACUCUACCACCACCAUCCAUCUCUAUAUUCUGCUCCUAGCUUCAAUGCUUUUUUGCCUGGUAUGCAGUUCUUCCCACAUCCAAGGCCUUGAUUAGUGUAAGUUACUUCCUCCGUUCCAUAAUAAGUGAAACACUCCUCUAAAAAAACUCUCACAUAAAAGCGAGAAGUAUUUCACUUAUUAUGCAACGGAGGAAGUAUUAAAUUAGUUAGUUAAUCCUUUUUGUUCAAUUGAAUUGUUUCUUCUCUAAAUGUUCAUAGUAUGACAUAUAAUGACAAUAAUAAAAAUUAAGCAAUAGUAUUAUAUUAUGUUUUUGUAAUUGUCUUAAUAAAGCUAGAGUAUAAGACAAUGAAGGACAGAUAAGAGACAUUACCCAAUUUGUUAAUAAUUCCAAUGUCCAAAAUUAUUUGAUCUUGUCUCUCAAAUGUGUUAGAAAUUUAAUUAAAUGUUGCCUUUUGUUGGGGAUCUGUAUGUUGUGUAUAAUGUGAUCUUUGUCCUUUCAAUUUAAUAUGUGAUCUUCUUAGCUUUGUUGAUGGAUUUUGCAGAGUUUGUCUUCUUGUUUCAUAAGUUGUUUAUUAAGAAUGUUAGCUUUUUUUCUCUCUUUUAAUGAGCUUAUGAAUGUUAAUCUUUUAAUUUGUUGGUGGAAUUUGAUUAUGUUUUGUUUAUCAUCUCCUAAGCAUACUUUUUGCUCCUUCUUAUCUGUUUCUUUGCCGGUUAUGAUUAAUGCAAAUGUAGUUUAAUUAAUUAAUUAGUACAUAAUCUUUUUAUUAGAUUGAGGUUUAGAUACCAGCUUUUGUUUAUUUGUCCUUCAUGCAUGCAUAUUACUAAAGAAAGCAUCAUUAGGGAUCAAUAAUAAUUCUUCCUUUCAUACAUGUGUAAGUGAGCAAUAAGUUAGAGCAUAGAUUUAAGUACUCACUUAAUUAGAGAAUACUUGAUAAAUAAUAAGGAACAUGUAUGCUUUAGUAAGGUAUAAGUUCAUUAGCUAGGGAGUGACCUGUACAUAAUUUUAUAUAUGCCAUCAAAUCUAGCUUAAACUAAGCAUAGCCAAGGAAAAUUGAUUUAUAUGAGGGUUAAUGAUGGUUAAUCAUCAAAUUUGGCAUAUAUAAUAAGGUAUGAAGCAUGAAAGAUUCUAGGAUUAUUUGAGGUCUCCGAUCCCCAAUUUGAACUCUGGCUGUUUCCGUGCUAAUGGAACCUCUAGGACUAAGGUUUUCUCAUUUCGAAAAUCUUUUUGUUUUCGAAAUCCAACUAUUGUCAUGCUACAUAGGUUAGAGAUUAAUGCUAUAAAAUCAUGAUAUUCAUUUGAUGUAUCAUUAAGUACAUAGUCAUAUAUUAACUCAUAAGCUUAGGUACUAUGCUAAUCAUAGGAACAAGAGUAACCAAUUGUUUGUGUUAAUCAAUAAGUACGAACGUUCAAGUAUCAGAAUAUGACUACUCUCUCUCUCUCUAUAUAUAUAUAUAUAUAUUAAGAUGCAUGUAUAGGUUUUAUCAUUUGAUAAAGUAUCAUCAAAAUUUUACCAAGAGACUGUCGAGAUAGAAAAAAAGACAGGAAAGAGGUCACCCACUUAUCUACUUAUAAUGGUCAAACGAGCAAUGAUGCUGCGUGAUUUCCAUUACAUACCUCAAAUUCAUAGUAAAAUCAAUGGCUUUGCCUUUUUGCAAUCUGCACUUGUUUUAAUUAAUCUUGAUGUGAAAUGUAAUUAGAGUAACAAAAACCAUGUCAACUUUCCUGCAUAUAUCCUAUUUUGUGCGUGUGUGUGUAUACUGUAUAUAUAUGUCUUAUAUUGCUGCAUAUUAUGAAACCUAGCAAUUAAUGUGCACAUAUUGACGUAUCUCUAGUGUGAAAAGAUGUCUCACAUUUUUCAUCAUAUUUGAAAUUUACUCACAACAGUGAAAAGCUGAAGUUGUCUUCCAACAUCAUUACUUUCUUUCAUGUUAGGCGACUUUCAUGAGGGACAUAAUUAAUUAAUACUCAUUCUACUAUUUUAUACUGAUGUUGAAAGUUGAUUAGGGAAUAAUUGCAUUUCUUUUAAAUCAACUUCAAUGUCAUGGUCUUAUUUUGUGACUUAAUUAGCUCAUCAAAAAACAAGCAAGAAUAGGUGGGCAUCUUGUGACUUUGUUGGGCAGUACAAAGACUUUUUAAAUAAACCCUAGAUUAAGAAUUCACUAUGUGCUUUCAAUAAAGAGACUUUAUGUUAUACACUCAUAAUGUAAAAAAAGAUUGAUACUCUUAGUGACAUAAAUUACCUUUAGAAGAAUAUAUCCUUUUGUACUUAAGAUGGAAAGAAUUUUUGUAUUUUCGAAUAUCAACUCACCUUACUAAUCUCGUCAAAAAAUUUAAAGUUUUCAAAAUCUUUUUCCGAGUAAGGAAAAAGGUUAGGGAUCAAACUACUUAAUUUAAUUAGAUUAUUAGUGAUUGUGGAGAAAACAAAGCUUUACUAAGGAGUACUUUAUAACAUUAGAUGGUGUUGUUAGUUGCAUGUGGAUUCCUAAAGCAUUCUCAAAAGGAGGAGAUAUCACUAACUUAGUGAGUAGUACUAUGUCUUUUGAGAUACAUCUACUUUUUUUUUGCAUUUUCCACCACAUUCUUCCUCUACUAAAGAGCCUUCUUGGAGCUUUCUCUUAAAAGAAGUGCGUUUAUGUAAAACUCCAUUUUAGUUGACAUUUCUUUGAUAAUCUUUGAUUAAUUAUUCAUAUUAUCGAAAGUAGAAUGAUAAUCUUUGUUUGUUUAUGAUUUCUGUAAAAUUCCUGGGAAUGCAAAGUAUGUCAUGAAGGAGAUAAAUGCUGCUAAUCAAGAUUGAUUUGGAUUGACGUUUAUGCCAAAAUAUAUAAAGAGGAGCCAUUGUAAAUAUAAUUUGUUUUCAUGAUUUAAUGUAAUAUUGUUGUUUCACUAGCUAACUGAUUAAUGUUAGUUGUAAUUUGUUAAUUGUUAACAUGGAAAAAAAAUUGUCAUACUUGUAGGUAAAUAUGAAAAUAGAUAUAGUUGAAUAAAAGUUGUUCUUUUUUU